UUUUUUUUUUUUUUUUGAAGGCAAGUACAGGUCGUACUUUAAUUAGUUCAUUGAAAACUCAGUUGCUCUCUGAGCGGUCGUGUAGAGACUGCUCUCGGCUUUUUUUCUGCUGACUGCUAAGAUCUAUAGAGAGCUGCAACAAUGCCCAAAAGAAAGGCUGCAGGUCAAGGUGAUAUGAAGCAAGAGCCAAAGAGAAGAUCAGCCAGACUGUCUGCUUUGCCCGUGCCCAUUAUACCAGAUUUGAAGCCCAAAAGAACAUCAACUCCAAGGAAAAUGAAGACCAAAAAUGAUAUGAUGGGAAAAAACACAGAUGCAAGUGCCAAAACCAUAGCUGAAACCAAGAAAGAAGUUGUUAAAGAAUACAAAAAUGAAACUACUGAAAAUGGAGGGGCCAAAAUUAUAGAGGCACCAGUUCCUGAAAGAGAAAUAGAGGAAAUAAAAGAAGAAAAAAUUGAAGAUACCAAAGAAGAAGGAGAAGAAAAGAAAGAGGCAGUGGCAAAAGAUGGAAAAAAAGAUCAAAAAGAAGAUCAAAAAGGAGAUGGAGAUCAAAAUAAGGAAGAAGUGAAAGGAAAAGAUGUAGAGGAGGACAAAGAUGGAAAAGGGAAAGAAGUUGAAAAAAAAGAUGAGGGGAGAAAAGAGAAAGAAGAAGAUGGAAAAGAGGAAGAAGACAAGAAAGAAACUGGAGAUGGAAAAGAGGGUAAAGAUAGAAAAGGGAAAGGAGAAGAUGGUAAAGAGGAAAAAGAUGAAAAAGAAAAAAGAGAGAAAAAAGAGAAUGAAGAUGGGAAAGGGAAAGGAGAAGAUGGCAAAGAAUCUGAAGAUGGAAAAGAUAAAAGAGAUGGAAAAGUGGGAGAAGCUGGAAAAAAGGAUGAAGAUAGAAAAAGGGAUGAUUGUGGAAAUGAGAAGGAAGAUGAAAAAAAGAAAGAAGGAAAAGAGAAAGAAAAUGGAAACAAAGAUGGAGAUGUAAAAGAUGAAAGCAAGGCUGAAAUUGGAAAAAUAACCAAAAGAGAAGAGGUCAAAAAAGAAGAGUCUCAGAGUAUUGCUUAAAGCUGCCCUGUAUGGUUUCAUAGUUUGGUAAUAUGUACCUCUAUGUUAUAAUGUUAAUAGAGAUGAAUAUUUUUAUCAAAUAUUUUAUAGACACAGCUUUUCUUUAACAUCAAUUUAGUUUCAAAACAUCUUCAUACUGUUCAUUAGUCACAAAUUUCCUAACAUUGAAUUAUUAUCUAUAAACUUUGUAAUUAUAAUGGUGGAAUAUAUAGAAAAAAUAUGCUUUCAACUUUGUCAGUGAAUACCCUUUUCUGUAAUUUAUAUGUUAAAUCUUUGAAUUUUAAUUUUACUCCUAUAUGUGAUAAUUUCUCAAAGUGGAGAGAUCCCAAAAGAAUUUCCUCAAAAAUUCUUGUGGUUCUCUAGGUUGUUUUUAUAAAGAAAGUGAACUGUUUUCAUGUAAUGGUAAGAGUAAGAAUUAUCUUUCCCAAAUAUAACUGUGAUAUUACUUGGGAAAAAUGAAAUUGAAAUUCCAUUUUUAAAAGAAAUACAAAUGUUUAUUUCAGAAUGGAAGUUCUGAUAAUAUGUGUAUUCACAACACUUUAUUGGAUUUAUCUUAAUAAAAAUUAUCUUCAAA